AUGGCUGAAGAUGAUACAUCGGUCGUUGAAGUCCAGUACAACGGGAUGUCCAUCAACAAGCCAUUUAUCUAUUUUGAUCUAGAUAAAAAAGAGAUAAUGUACGUCGGUUUUAGGGAGAAUGGGUAUGCUGAAUUCAUUGCUUACCUCAACAAGAUUACUAGAGGAAUGUACAAAGAUGUAUACUAUUGUCCAGAUGGCCAAACAUUGUGUCAAGGAUUGGCCACAUUGCAGAACAAAUGUGAUUACCAUGAAUUUCUUGAGUGUAUUCAUGAGAAAAAGAAAGUAAUUGUGUAUGUGGACCAUUUUCAUGAACCCCUGUUUGACUGGAUUGAAAUGGAAGAGCCUGAAGUUGAAGAUGAUACUAACUCCAAUGCAGAUGAAGAUGUUGAUUCAAUGUUACUAGAUAAAGAGUGA